AUGGGAAACAUCAGUUGCCACAAGAGGACCAAAAUGCCCAAACAGGCCAAGGAGAAGCCACUAGACGUGGAUACGGCCUGGCAGAAGCAGGACUUUUCCAGCAACUACUCGAAGAAGAAGAAAUCAAUCGUGGUCCUGAACACUCGGCUGGCUGGGACCAAGAUCGUGAUUGUUUCCCUGGACAAGCGGCAGCCGCGAGCUGAGGCAACAGCAGACCCCGGUGCGCGGGCCAGGAAGUCCGCGGAGGACGCGACCCACCCUCCGAGGGGCAGCCCAGUGCCGCCGCCCAUGCUGCGAGGAGCCGGCGACAGCGGGGAGCGGCGCGAGGGAGCGCGUGCCCGGGAGAUGAAAAAGAUCCUGCUUUUGCUGCUGCUGCAGGACACGCGGCUGCAGGGGGAGGGGCGCCGCACAGCUGGGGGCGGAGCUGGGGCCAGCACUGGCUCCGGCAACGCAACCAACGCCGAGCAGAGUUGGCAGCGGCUGUAUACGCGCCUGCUGAGCGAAAGCCAGGACGACUGGGCAGAGGAGCAGCCGCGCAAGAGGCGCCGCGGCCCACAUCGGCGGCCCUGA